AUGAUGAAUUCUAGCCAGAAGUCUCCAGAGAGAGCAUUUGCUCUCCAGAAAUACCUCCUCUUGCACUCGCAACACGAUGCAUUGCAGAAGCACCUCAAUGGCAUCUCAGCCACGAGCCCAACAAGCUCAACCUCACCAACACGAUCUCCUUCCCGCUCCCGCUUCUCAUCUUUCUCUUCCUCGUCAGAGGCCAAUACCGCACCAUUUCUCGUAUCAAAUCCCACAGAAAUCACUCCACACCACCGCCGAAGCGGCAGCAUGCCUCGUCAUCACCAGCGUCCUCCAUUCAGGACACGCAGAUCUUCACUGCCGACUGUCUUUGACGAGAGCAUUCUGGGAGAGAUCGAGGAGGAUGAGAACAAACUGAAGGAUGUCAACUUGCAAAUCAAGAGCACGUUGACGGAGUUGUUGAAUUGCGAGAGUGUUCGCAGUGACAGGAAGUACCGGAUGUGGGUACAGAGCAGACUGAUGGAUGCUGAGAAGGAGUUGAAGGGCUCAAGGACCAGGAGUUGUGAUAGAAGACGCAGUGAGGACCUGGGAGGAAUGAUGUUUUAA